AUGGCAGUCAAGAAACCUCGCAACAUAAACGAUGCCGAUCUUGUCGAUAAUGGCUAUCGGACGGAAUUUCCACUCUCACAGUCAACCGAGAUGUCAUAUUUUCUUCAACGCAUCCGCAUGGCAGAAAUCGCACGGCGCACCGUCGACGAAAGCCAAACAGCCGUAGACUCCAGCGGACCAGAAGAUUCCACACAUCUCAUGAAACUAGACUUCCAACUCGACCAAUUCAUCCAUGAUAUUCCCUUCUUUUUCAAUCUCGAUAACUACGAAGACAAUCCAGAAUCAACAUCCGCUGGAAUCUUCGUUCACGCCUACCUACUCAACCUGGUCAUCCACACUCAGCGUUGCAAGCUUCAUCUCCGGUAUCUCACAUCCGGGCCUAAUAAAAGUCCAAUGUACGCUACGUCCCGGGAAAUAUGUCUCAAAUCCGCACGCCAGCUUAUCAGAGCUGAGUCCCAACUUGAACGCGCGCAGCAUCCAAUCGUACUAAUCCGGCUACGAUUAUCGGCGAUUCGAUACGGGGUGUUCCUAGCUUGUAUUGCAUUGUUGAUGGAUGCAUAUAUCAAUGGCUCGGGCUCACUUCAGGAUGAAAUAAAUCAUGGCGAUGUCGCCGAGGCCCUCCGAAUUCUCGAGGGUGCAAGAUCUCACUCCUGGGCUGCGCAGAACCUUUCCGAUUCUCUGAAUCAGGUACUUGCCAAAUACCGCGCCCAGAACCCAGAAUUUGAAAAUCAAUCUGUUCAGGAUAUCUCUACCCCUUUCACGCCAUCUGGUGCGCCUUAUGUCAGUUCUGCAACGGCCAUGGAAUCUAUGACCACCCAAUUGGCUCCGAGGUCUAGUCAGCCCCCUGUUGUGUCAACGGCAAUGGGGGGUGGGGGUAUGAUGCCCCCCAUUUCUAGUGGACAAUUACCGGGAUCUGUCGAACAGUCGCAGUUCGAUAGUCAGAUGGCUCAGAACCUCGAGGAGUUGAUCUUUUCGGAUGUGCUUCAGUGGGAUUAUUCGUUUCCGAGUGUUCAGUCGGCGUCUUUCUUUUGA